AUGAGUUCUUUGGUCCACCGUUUGAAGUUCUCGCCGGCCCAGCUUCAGGCUUUUCGUUACGCGAGAUGUCUGGCUACUGCACCACCACCAACCUCGUCUUCGUCUGACAAGCCUGCGUUCUCCGAAACUCUCGCCGCCGGACCUUCGCUGGAUGACUUUAUUGCAGAUGCACCCGACCGCGUUCUUCUAGGGAAAACCAAAGGCCCCCGUUUACCGUCGUAUCUUAAGACCUCCAUACCGUCAGGAGCGUCAUUCAAUAAAAUCAAGAAAGACCUGAGGGGCCUCGGUUUACAUACAGUAUGCGAGGAGGCUCGGUGUCCGAACAUUGGCGACUGCUGGGGCGGAAAGAAGGGCGCAACAGAGGCUGAGGGCAGGAACUCAGCCACGGCAACUAUUAUGUUGAUGGGUGAUACUUGUACUCGAGGCUGUAGGUUCUGCUCCGUCAAGACCUCACGCACCCCUCCUCCCUUGGAUCCGCACGAACCUGAAAAUACUGCUGAAGCUAUUAGUCGAUGGGGUUUGGGUUAUAUCGUCCUUACUAGCGUGGACCGAGAUGACCUCAUUGAUGGUGGUGCUCAUCACUUCGCGGAAACAAUACGAAAGAUAAAGCAAAAGGCUCCCCACAUCCUCGUUGAGGCGUUGACCGGUGACUUCGCCGGAAACCUCUCGCUCGUCUCACUGGUGGCGAAAUCUGGAUUGGAUGUCUAUGCUCACAACAUAGAGACAGUUGAGGCAUUAACACCUCAAGUUCGUGACCGUCGGGCGACAUUCAGACAAAGUCUCGAAGUCCUUCGGCAUGCUAAGAACGAAGGCGUGCGGAUCACUAAGACGAGUAUAAUGCUUGGGGUUGGUGAGACCGCUGAUGAGGUGACAGAUGCUCUGAAGGAGUUACGGAAGGUUGACGUAGACGUCGUGACCUUUGGGCAAUACAUGCGUCCAACCAAGCGCCAUAUGAAGGUUGACCGUUACGUCGAGCCAGCCGAAUUCGAUCGGUGGAAGCAAGUCGCAGAAGACAUGGGAUUCCUCUACGUUGCGAGUGGGCCGCUAGUUCGCAGUAGCUACAAGGCUGGAGAGUACUACAUCGAAAACGUUCUGAGAGGCAAAGGAACCGAGAGGAAGGCAAGGGACAUGCUAUCUGCCCAACCAGAUAUGAUGUCGCCAUCGCCAUCGGCCCAAGAGUGA